CGCCGGAGCGCACGCGACCACGGCCGCGGGGCCAGCGGCUGUCCGGGGGAUGAAGCGCGGAGACCCGGAGCCUGACGCUCAGACCGCCGCUGCCCUGGCUGACCUGGCCGGUGCGGAAUGCAAAAGACCAAGAAUAGACGGGACCGGGAGCGUGGUUGGUGACAUCGGACAGAACAAUGAGCCUUUGAACCCUGGUUUCCAUGGAUACCCACCUCACAGUCAGGGCUCUCAGGAUUCUACCGGAGGACAGGGGGGUUUGGUCGCCCCUCCUUUUACAACCUUCCCUCCGCCGCCGCCUCCUCAAAACGGGCUUCCGGGAACAGAGUUUGGCCCGGGGGCCAUGUUUGGCGCAGCGGGCCAAGGUACAGCAGAGGUAGGGGUCGGUACAAACGGAGCCACCACCACAACCAGCAACAACAUAAAGGCAGAAGAGACAUCUCAGGGUGAGGCGGGGGCUCAGUGUGUUGCAGGAGGGGCAGGAGCGGGAGUCUCUGCAGGAGACUCCACAGAAGCCAAAGGGACUCCCAAACGCCUCCACGUCUCCAACAUCCCAUUCCGCUUUCGGGAUCCAGACCUCAGGCAGAUGUUCGGGCAAUUUGGGAAGAUUCUGGAUGUGGAGAUUAUUUUCAAUGAGAGAGGUUCAAAGGGUUUUGGCUUUGUGACAUUUGAAAACAGCGCAGACGCAGAGAAAGCCAGGGAAAAGCUCCACGGCACACUGGUGGAAGGUCGGAAGAUUGAGGUGAAUAAUGCCACCGCCAGGGUGAUGACUAACAAGAAAAUGGUCAGCCCCUACCCUAACGGAGAGGCUCUCAGCACGCUUCCCUAUGCAGGGUGGAAACUGAGUCCCAUGGUGGGGGCUGUGUAUGGACCAGAGCUCUAUGCAGUCCCAGGGUUUCCCUACCCUACAGCAGCUGCCGCUGCCGCCACGACAGCAGCCGCCGCAGCGUUUCGCGGUGCCCACCUGAGGGGCCGAGGUCGGCCUGUUUACAGCGCCAUGAGGGCUGCUGUGCCUCAGCCUGCCAUCCCUGCCUACCCCGGCGUGGUGUAUCAGGAUGGGUUUUAUGGAGCUGCAGAGUUAUAUGGAGGCUACCCUGCUGCAGCCGCCGCUGCUGCUGCCUAUCGCUACGCCCAGCCGGCAGCCGUAACCGGAGCAACCGCCGCAGCAGCCGCCUACAGUGACAGUUAUGGUCGAGUGUACACUACAGACCCGUACCAUGCUUUAGCUCCAGCUGCUGCUGCUUACGGAGUCGGAGCCAUGGCCAGUUUAUAUCGAGCAGGAUACAGUCGGUUUGCUCCGUACUAAAACCACAAACCACACCCGAGGAAUUUCUCUUUGCUCCAAAACCCCUUCUUCUCCAGCUCAGUAUUUGGCAGGAGCUCCCCUCCAUUUUUCUGCAGGCAGACUCUAGUGAAAACUCAUGUGGUUUUGUUUAGUUACUUUUUUUUUUUUCCCCUUUGUGGCGAGAAGGACCAUCGCCACAUCAUCAAGCCCAACUCCGUCUGUACUCUUCUGACAUGGAUUCAAAGAAGAAAGGAAACUGCCAGGAGAGUCUCUGACAUUAAAACUCUGAAGUCUGCUGCUUUGAACUGUGGAGCAGGAUUUAAAAAAAAAAACAACUUUGGGAGCCAGGAGGAGAGGGACUGAUCUUCCUGUGUGAUCCAGCACACUACAAACCAUUUUUCUCUAAGAGUCACAUAACUCAGUAUAUGAACUUCCUGUAAUCUGACCUGUACAGAACCUGUUUCAUUCAGCACCAAGUAUACGGUUUCCUCUCUCAUUUCCUCCAACUGAACAAAACGAUAGAACUGCUAGAGCACUAAUGUAAAAAGGUACUUCUGUUUUUAAACACUACAUCAACCAACUACAUUAUGUUCAUGUUAACACUAUUGAAAAAAACCACAACUAUUGAAUUGUUUAGUACAGAAGAAAUAGGAAUUAUUAUUGUUGUUGUUUUUUUCUGAAAGCUUGAAUCUGGAACAAUCAGUUUAAAGGARCAUCUCGCUGACAGAAAUCAUGUCUGCUAACAAGUCUGAUCAUUUUACUUCCUUUGCUCAUUUUCAUCUUGUAAGAAGCCAGAAAACUAACAAAAAAAAUUGAAAAUGACAAAGAAAGAAAACAAAAGACUUUAUUUUCUUCAUUACCUCAAUUUGUUUUGCUGCCAUGAAAUGUCACACUAAAAGAAACAAAUGCUGCAUCKAAACUUUUUUUUCUACAACAAAUCCAAGAUUUUGUUCAUUCGUGCUGCAGAUUAAUURUCUGAGCAGCUGCAGUAACUUUCAAUAAUUCAGUGCACGCCCCCUUCAGAGACUCGUCCUCAGUGCUGCUGCUUCCUUUGUUUUUGUUUUUGGCUUCUUCCAAAAAGGACUUUCUUGUCUCCCAAACCAUCAAGACAUUCCAGUAGUCACGCAGAGAUCCAGCAGAUCGGAUGGGCAGAACGGUGGGGAUGCACAUGAAGAAGGAUUAAGGGAAACAGGAGCACCUGCGUGGAAACAAUCCUGCUCAGCUCCAGGCAGAACUGAGAGGGGGGGUGCAGUGACUCGAUGAAGAACGGGAAAAUAAAGAGACCGAGAGACUUCACUUCAUUAUGAGUUUUCUACUGGACUUUACAAGUUCUCUGCAGCAUUUAUGUAGUUUAAAUCUCGUCAUGCUCCUGAGGAUUACUCUGAAUAGUUUUAAAGUUUUACUCUUGGUGAAUCUGAAGACAUGUAAAAAAAAAAAAAAAAAGUCCAGGAACCAGUUUUCCCACUACAUCAGACCUGUUUAUUUUACUCGCUAAGUUUUUUUUUAUUUGUUUGUUUCAAGUACCCUGAUGCAUUUCUUAUGUUUGCCUUUUUGUUUAGGCUGUAUUUCAAUAUGUUGCUGUGUUGUUGUUGUUUUUUUUACAGUGCAGUGUUGUAGCGGCACCUUGGGACGUGUCAUUGAAGCAGCAACUGCAGAAAAGGUCGCAGCCAAUUGGGAAUGUCUGACCCGCAAACAUAAAGUUAAACUUAAUUUGCUUCGCGCUCUGAACUUACUGCCCCCCACCCCACACACACACACACACACACACACGUAAACACGAUGUAGAUGAGACUCGCUGGAGACAAAGGAAAUCAGAGCAGGAAGACAGGUGGAAACAAGACGACACUUAGUGUGGCUUUUCGCAGCGGGGACAAAUUACAGAAAGGAUGUCCACUUUGUGUCAAAAAGGGGCUCAGCAGUGGCCGCCUUCUGAACAAUGAAAUAACGUGGGUGGUUGGCAGAGGCUGGUGAAGGUGAGAAGCUGAGCCAUUAAUCAUUAGCUGACAGAAUAACAACGUCCCCCGCUGUCUGUUAGGGGGUACAGCCAGCAUGAGGGGAAGGGGAGGGGGGUGUCUCGUACGACGGUGGAACUGUCGUAGGUCUGAGCUUUUUAUUUUGUUUUAUUUUUUUAUGAUCAUUACCUCUUUUUUAUCUAAAUAUUCCUUACAAGUAUUAUCAGCAGUGUUGCAAUGCAUGUUUUUGCAAAGUGAAGAAGAGUGUCAGUCUUUGUGUGUGUGAGUGUGUGCAUGAAUUCARAUCUCAGUGCUGGAGGGUGUGCGUGGAGGGUUUAGAAGGAAGGGAAAUUUGGUCGUGCGACGUGUGGCGAUGGGAGUGAAAAGGAAAGGUUAGCAAAGGUCCAAUGUGAGGAGAAGUCCGUCCUCUGCAGUAAUCUGUUAUCUCUGCUCUGUGCCUCUGGUCGUCACGCUGAUCACCAGUCACAAGAGAUAUUUAAAGUUUGUGCUCAUCCGCACACCCGUGRUUUACCUUCCAAUGAAAAGAACUCCGUGAUCAUGUCGACGAGACGCUCGUGUAGCAAAGGCUUGUUUUACCAUGGUUGAUUUAGCAGUGGCGUUUUGGCRUUUGCAUGUUUUCAUCUCUGCUCAUUUGGAGUGAAACGUAUUCGAGGGGCUGCAGAUCAGUCGCAAAGGUGUGUCUGGCUGAAGGACGCCAAGACAAGUGUUGGUUCACAGCUCUGACUCGAUCGUGUGCUCAGUCAGCCCUGUAGGAGGUUUUGUACAGCAAUUAAWAAAUGGGUUUGAAUUGCAUGUGAAGGUUUUUCUUUCUGUCACAUGCUCCUAAAAACUCAUUUAACCAAAUGAUUUUUUUUGCCUUUUUUAAACAAGUGACAGUAAAGUGUGUUUUCUCACGUUUUAUUUUGCCAUCCUUGUGUCUGCCUUCUGUUUAUUCUCUUCAUUAUUAUUGAAUGUAUAUAAUAAAUAAACUGUUUGGUUUUUA